ACGAAAUGUUAUUUGGAAAAGUUCCUGGCUAUGAUCAUCUAAGAGUAUUUGGGUGUUUGGUAUACGCUCAUGAUAAUAAAAGAAAAGAUAAAUUCAGCCAAAGGGGGAGUCCUUGUAUUUUUAUUGGAUAUCCAUACGAACAGAAAGCAUAUCGAGUUUUCGAUUUGCAGAAACACUCCGUAUAUACGUCUAGGGACGUAACCUUUUUUGAAGAAAUUUUUCCGUUCAAAAAUGUGAACAGUCAAGAGAUGGAAUUUGGAGCAAUGGUUGAUCAUGCAUGUCAAAUUAUAUUAAAUCAAUGCCCCAUACGUACCCAUCAUGGUCCCUCCAAUUAUUAUCCUCCCAUCACUAAAAUGCGGAAAAGUCGCUGUGUACACUCCCGGUUACACACCGGUGUACACAGCAUAAAAAGCCCACCCACCCUUUUUCUAACUAUCUCACCCCACCCUCCUUCUAAACUAACCCGUCCCACUCCCCUUCUCCUCCCAUGCGCCCUUCUCUUUCCCGUCACCCCACAAAAAAAAACCGCUACCCACUCCCUCUUCUUCUCCAUUCACCCGUACCCUUCUCCCUCUUCUUCUCCGUUCGUCCGUCGAAGUUGACACCUACGAAACCCAAGAACCCAACAACGCUCUCUGUUCUCCGUUCGCAAGUCACGAAACCCGCCGUCCCGCGCAACAGUUGAAUCGACGAAAUCCAUCCGACCGUCGUCCGCUUCACUCCGCUCAACUGGUACGGCGGCGACUGAAUUCGAAGGGCUAAUCUGAAAUUUUAAAGUGGAAGGCUUCAAUGGUCAUCCAGGGCUAAUGAACGAAGGACAUGGUGCGCACAUCAUUGUAGUUCAGAGAUUAUCGUCAGGUUUUGAAUUCCAAUUAUGACAAAACCUAUACACGGAUAAAGAAAGGUUUAUGGAUGUUUGAUGUGCUCCAAUGCAAGAAUGAGAGGAUGAAGGAACACGAUAAAUUGAUAACUAAAUAUUUAAUUUAAUACUUGUAAUUAAUAGUUUCUGAAGUUAAUGUUAUUGUUUGUAGAAUGUAAUUGUACUUAGAUUUGCUUGAUUUUCAAUGAUGUAUCAUAUACGUUAUGAAAAUUGAUAUGUCUUUGGUGUUAUUGGAUUUCAA